AUGGAAAAGGAGCCACUUCUUCCAUAUAUCAGCCCUAGAAAACGGCUUUCCCCAUUGCCUUCUCAUCUUUUCCCUUUACCGGAGAAUGAUGAAAUGGUUCUUACUGUUACCCCUUCUGAGUUCAAGGAUCGUCUCAUUUUUGGACCUUCAUGUGCUUCCCCGAUAGACCCUUCACCUUUGGCGGAUGCCUUAACACUUUCGCGUAAUUCUCCCAAAAAAUCUUCCAUUUGUUCCUCUUCACACGAGUUUGCGUCAGCAACACCCACACUUUGUGAUUCAUCAUCGCAACUGUCUCAACAACAACAAUUAUCUUCUUGGCUUAUUGACCCUAAUUAUCCAUGGCGGAAAACCAAUUUGCAUCGCUCCAAAACUGCACCGGCUAUGGCGGUUCUCAGUGAUUUCAAUCAUCCAACUGCGAAAAGACCUCAAUUUGGUAGCCAAUCUAUUGUUCAUCAAGCUUUUAUUCUUCUUGUUCUUUAUUUGGCUUUAGGGGUUGUUAUUUAUUGGUUCAAUCGUCAUAGUUUUAAAGCAACGGAGACUCAUCCUGUUGUAGAUGCAUUGUAUUUUUGUAUAGUCACAAUGUGCACAAUUGGAUACGGUGACAUUACGCCGAACAGUACUGCAACCAAGAUUUUCUCUAUAUUGUUUGUGUUGAUUGGUUUUGGUUUUGUUGAUAUAUUGCUAAGUGGAAUGGUUAGUUAUGUUCUUGAUUUGCAAGAGAAUCAUUUGUUGAGGGCAGUGAAGGGAAGGGGUGCGAAGGAGGGGAAGUCGUACAUAGUUGAUGUGAAGAAAGGUAGGAUGAGGAUUAGGAUGAAGGUGGCAUUGGCAUUGGGGGUUGUGGUACUUUGUAUUGGAGUUGGUGUUGUGGUUAUGCAUUUUGUGGAAAGUCUUGGGUGGGUAGAUUCCUUUUAUCUUUCGGUUAUGUCUGUUACAACGGUUGGGUAUGGUGAUCAUGCUUUCAAGACUUUGCAUGGCCGUAUCUUUGCUGCAAUUUGGUUGCUCGUGUCUACGCUUGCGGUUGCCCGAGCUUUCCUUUAUUUGGCUGAGGCGAGAGUGGAUAAGCGACAUAGGAGGAUGGCAAAGUGGAUUCUUGGUCAGGACAUGACUGUUGCUGAGUUUCUUGCUGCUGACAUAGACAACAACGGAUUUGUUAGCAAAUCAGAAUAUGUUAUAUACAAGCUAAAGGAGAUGGGAAAAGUGACAGAGAAGGACAUCAUUCUGAUCAGUGAGAAAUUUGAUAGACUAGAUGCCGGCAACUUUGGAAAAAUAACACUUGGUGAUCUCAUGGAGGGUCAUAAUGGAUGA